AUGUGGCAACUGUUUUCCGAUAGACACGCGCGACUUGCACCCGUGCCGCGAGCGCAGCCUGGACGCAAAAUGUCCCAUCUGCACACACUACCCAUCCCAAUGCUGUCAGGACUAUUGAUGAUGCGUUCGCAACGCAUUAAUUUUUUCAUGGAGUAUCUGAAGGUGCGGCACCGAACACAUCUACUUCAUUCGAUGAUAUUUUACCUUCGGAAGAACCAACAAUGUAUCGGCGACCGACCUUAA